CCGUCCAUCAGUCGCGGUAGCACUUCCGGGUGAGCGACUCCGGGCCUACGGCUUGCGGCUGAGUCUAAGCGAGAAGGGAGCCCGAUUUCUUUUCUCCCCACCGCGACACCAUGGGGGACUCGGCCGCCGAGGAUCGUUUUGAUGGCAUUCUCCUCGCCAUGGCCCAGCAGCACGAAGACGGCGUGCACCAGCUUGUAGAUACAUUCUUCAGUUUCCUGAGGCGUAAAACUGACUUCUUCACUGGUGGAGAGCAAGGAGCAGCUGAAAAAUUGGUCACAGAGACAUUCAAGCGCCACCAGAAGUUAGCCGUACAGGCCCAGAUGGAGAAAGAGGUGAAGCGGGAAGCCGAGAAAAAGGAGAAAGUGGAGCGAGCCCUCCUUACAGAGGCCAAGGAGAGAUCAGUGACUGAAGCAAAGCAGCCGAAGAUCAAGGAGCUAACGGAUGAGGAGGCGAACCAACUGCAGAAGGAGAUUGAUCAGAAAAAAGAACAAGAAAGUGUUGGGGAUGGAAUUACAGCCAAUGGGGAAAAGCCCUCGGAAAAUCAGGAUUCAAAGCAGGCGGAGUCUGAAUCUGAAGGCGAAGAGGACGAGAAGGACAAAGGGAAACUGAAGCCCAACGCUGGAAACGGUGCUGAUCUGCCCAACUACCGGUGGACCCAGACUCUGUCUGAAGUGGAUCUUCUGGUACCAUUCCAAGUCAACUUCAGAUUGAAGAGCCGGGACGUGGUUGUGGAGAUCCAGAGGCGCCACUUGAAACUGGGCCUGAAAGGCCACCCACCUGUAAUCGAUGGUGAGAUGUUCAAUGAUGUGAAAGUUGAGGAGAGCUCAUGGCUGCUGGAAGAUGGAAAGAGCGUUAAUGUCCAUCUGGAGAAGAUUAAUAAAAUGGAAUGGUGGAACAAAUUAGUGACAACAGAUCCUGAGAUUAAUACCAAAAAAAUUAACCCUGAGAAUUCAAAGUUAUCAGACUUGGAUGGUGAGACUCGGAGUAUGGUGGAGAAAAUGAUGUAUGACCAGCGCCAGAAAGCUAUGGGACUACCCACUUCAGAGGAGCAGAAAAAACAAGACAUGUUGAAAAAGUUCAUGGAGCAGCACCCUGAAAUGGACUUCUCAAAGGCCAAGUUCAGUUAAAGAUGUGCCUGCCCUGGGGCUGAAAGGGAUACUCAGACUAUUGGAAGAGUUUCUGCAAAAUGGUUUCAUUAUGAGCAUUGCCUCGAUCUGUGCAUCCUGCAUCCCGAGUUUGUUUCACCAUUUGGGUUGUUCCUGAGCGCAUACAGAAUGUCUAACAUCUGCAUUGCAGUCACCACACUGCAUACAUCAGAUGGUGUUAGCCGAUGAAUUUGCAUUUUCUGGCUGGCCUCAUGACGAUCAUUGCACCUCCUUAGUGUGUCAGUUUCACAGACUAGCUGUGAACUACUGUCUGGCAAUGUGCAGUGCAGUUACAGUGGUCUUUAUCAUUUUCAAACAGGGCUCUACCCGAUAAUAUCUCUGUCCAAAUAAAAUCUCCAUUUCCUAUAUCCUUGCAUCAGUCUUGGAGUGAGAGUUUAGUUCGCAUCCCAUUGAAGGACAUGGUACGGCAGGGCCACCCAGAAAAUGCUUGAUAGUUCUUUAUUUUUCUUUCCUCUUGAGUUUACACGAGGAGCAGUGUGUGUCAAUAACAUUUGGCUACAACACAUUAUGUAUAAACCUGUGUUAGAAUCUCUCCUUGUUCACUCAGCAUGGAGGCUGUUGAGUAAGUGCUAUGCAAACCCCCCACCUGCUGAUAAAAUGGAAAUGGCUGAACUUGCGUUCAACCUAGUGUUUCUUGCUGGUAGCUGUGUGCUCUAGCCCAGUCAUGGCCAUGUUGAUAUACAUGCUGCUCUGAGAUGGGCUGUUGUGUGUUUGGUUUUGAAGUCAUCUGGUUGACUGAACUGCUGCACAUUUCCAGGUGAAGGGCAAAGUGUUGUAAUUAUGUGGGUCAUCGCUCUCCCUUUCCCUGUCUGUGUUUCCAGGUCAGUAACAGGGUGCCUAGAUAAAUUAGUGUCUUCAUCAAGCGUGUUAUGUUUUUUUUUAAAUAUUGGAUUGCAUUGAUGCACUGGAACGUAAGCUGAAAUUCAUUUCUCAAUAAAGCCAAGCCACCGGCAGCUGUGUGGCAAUGGUUUAUAAUAUAA